UCUGCCGUGACGCAUCCAAGUAGGUUUGUCGUUUACCCAAGGACCCCUCUGCUCUUGCUCUUUUUUUUCAACACAUGCACUUUUGCGUUUUUGCUUUUCCGCGUUCUCUAAAAGCCGGAUGGGAUUCCCGCAUGCCUAGCGGAUGAAGGAUCAAGACUUGCCACAAGUCUCUGGAUGCCCAUGACCCUGGAUGGAUGAACAUUGCCGGAUACAAGCCACAGGAUGCAUAAGCCCAAGGAUUUUGUCCCAGCCGUGGACUCGGAAGCCGAAGGAUUGCUGGUCUGCCGUUAAGGCGACAGCUGAGAACCCCUUUGAGGGGAGAUGGACUGCGGUCCUUACUCAUUGCAAUAUGGUUGGCAUGAGUCUUGGUCGACGUGCGAGAUUGAUUGAUCCGAUGUUAACGGAGGAGCCUGUCAUCAGGCUACUAGGAUUGGGAAGGGAGGAGGUGACCAUUCAGAGAGGUCAGUCUUGUAUUGGCCAUCAUUGCCCGCUCUGCGGAAGUUGGUGGCCCCUCCUCCCAUUGUACUUUGUAUAUUUAAUAGAGGGGCGUUUGUUUGUUUAA